AUAGUUGUUUUAAAACACAACCAGCCGGUGAAUCCCAGCAUCAGGAAGUAGUUUGAGGAAGUAGUUUGCUGCCUCGUUGAGUGACAGCUGUGCGGUGGUGACAGCCCACACGGGACGGCAGCCCGCAGAGCCGAGCCGAUACUCAAGAUGGCAGGUCUAUCUUUAUACUUUGAAGAUAGCCACGACGAUCUGGAUGAUUUUGGAUUCGAUGAUUAUGGAACAGAGUGCGACGGCAUCCGCAUCACAGCCUUCCUCGAUGCGGGACAAGACAACCUAACUCCUCUUGGGAGGCUAGAAAAGUAUGCCUUCAGCGAGAAUGUUUUCAACAGGCAGAUCGUGGCUCGGGGGCUGCUUGAUGUGCUGCGGGAGUUCAGUGACAAUGAAAACGACUUUAUCAGUGUCAUGGAGACAGUUGCCAGAAUGUCGGAAGAUGGAGAGCCCACAGUGCGAGCUGAACUGAUGGAGCAGGUUCCUAACAUUGCCAUGUUUCUGCACGAGAGUCGACCCAACUUCCCGGCCGCUUUCUCAAGAUACUUGGUGCCGAUUGUUGUCCGGUAUCUCACUGAUCCAAAUAACCAGGUGCGGAAGACGAGCCAGGCAGCACUGCUUGUUCUGCUCGAGCAGGGCCUCAUCUCUAAAGCCGACAUGGAGACCAAAGUUUGUCCAGUUCUGCUCGACCUGACAGAACCAAGCAGUGACGACGACUACAAAAUCGAGGCAGUUGCGAUCAUGUGUAAAGUUGUCACCAUGUUGAGCAAAGACACAGUGGAGCAUCUGUUGCUGCCGCGUUUCUGUGACCUGUGCAGCGAUGCCAGACUCUUCCAAGUGCGCAAGGUGUGUGCAGCCAAUUUUGGAGAGUUUUGUUCUAUUGUGGGUCAGGAGGCCACAGAAAAACUACUGAUGCCCAAGUUCUUCGAUCUGUGCUCAGACAGCCUCUGGGGCAUCAGGAAAGCCUGUGCGGAGUGCUUCAUGAUGGUCUCCAACUCCACCUCUCCAGAGGUGCGACGUGCAAAGUUGUCUCCUCUGUUCAUCAGCCUCAUCAGUGACCAGUCUCGCUGGGUCCGACAGGCUGCCUUUCAGUCUCUGGGUCGCUUCAUCUCCACCUUUGCCAACCCCUCCAGCACAGGCCUUCACUUCAGAGAAGACGGCGCCCUACUAGAGGUCCCCAGGUGUACGUCAGACAGCGACUGCUCCCUAAACUCUCUAAACUGCUCCGACCUGAGCAGCUGUCACACGGAAAGAACCAUCACCCACACACCUCCAAACCAGGACGGACGUGCCACACCGUCACCAGAGCACGUGUCGACAUCCGACGGUGAGGAUUUGCACAACUUUGACGACAACCACACGUCCGUUCCCGGGGAGAUGCGCAGCGGCUUAACCCACACAAACAGCAGUGGCAGCCCCACAGCUACAAACAACGCUAAGAACACGAGGGAAACGGAGCAGGCGGACGAGAACUUUAAUUCUUUCCACUACUGGAGGCCUCCUUUACCUGACAUCAGUGGGGAACUGGAGAUGUUAACUGGUCAGAUGUCAGAGGAAGUGUUUGAGAAGGAGGGAAAGACAGAGGUGGAGGAAGAAGAGGAGCCUGAAGAGAAUUGUCCUGAUUCCAAGUCCAGCCAUGGCAAAGCUACCAGCGACCAGAUCCAGAAGGUUUUGGACUGUUUGCAACCACACAUCGACGACCCCGAUGUACAAGCUCAAGUUCAGGUGUUGUCAGCAGCUCUGAAGGCGGCCCAGCUCGACAACCCGUCAGAUGACAGUCCGACAGACAACAGCCCAAAUGAGCCACAGCCAGAGGAGCAGCCUGAGGACAACGGUGACAGUCCAUCUGUAGAGAGCAGAUCUGUAGAGGUUCAGUCAGAGAGUGAAGAGAGUUCAACAGAAGAGGAUCAAACUAUGGAGACUUCUCCAGCUUCAGAGUCGUGUCCCAUCCAGGAGCAGGGAGACGAGGAGACGCAGACUGAGCCCCUAGAAGACACGGACGAGUCACCUCCUAACUCCUCCGUUCUGGAGUCUGAACUAAUAGAGAGUGUGGAGGAGGAGGAAGAGGAGGAGGGAAGAGACGACUCUGCUCACAGCCCGAUGUCUGAGGAUAAGCCUAAGAUCCAGAAUGUGAUCCCCCAGCAGCUGUUGGAUCAGUACCUCUCCAUGACGGACCCGGCCCGGGCCCAGACGGUCGACACGGAGAUAGCCAAGCACUGUGCCUUCAGCCUGCCGGGAGUGGCUCUCACUCUGGGCCGACAGAACUGGCACUGCCUCAAGGACACAUAUGAAACCCUCGCUACUGAUGUGCAGUGGAAGGUGCGCCGUACUCUGGCUUUCUCCAUCCACGAGUUGGCGGUUAUACUGGGGGACCAGCUGACGGCUGCUGACCUGGUGCCCAUCUUCAACGGCUUCCUCAAAGACCUGGACGAGGUCCGCAUCGGUGUGCUCAAACAUCUGUACGACUUCUUGAAGCUGCUGCACGCAGACAAGAGGAGAGAAUAUCUGUACCAGCUGCAGGAGUUCAUGGUGACAGACAACAGUCGCAACUGGAGAUUCAGAUAUGAGCUGGCAGAGCAAUUGAUCUUGAUCAUAGAGUUGUACAGUCACUAUGACGUGUACGACUACCUCAGACAGAUAGCACUCACGCUCUGCUCUGACAAGGUCUCUGAGGUCAGGUGGAUCUCUUACAAACUGGUGGUAGAGAUCCUCCAGAAGCUGUACGCAUGCGGGGCCGACGACCUGGGCCUGAACUUCAUCAACGAGCUCACCGUCAGGUUCUGCCACUGUCCCAAGUGGGUGGGGAGGCAGGCCUUCGCCUUCAUCUGCCAGGCUGUGGUGGAGGAGGACUGCAUGCCCAUGGAUCAGUUCAGUCAGCACAUGUUGCCCAGUCUGCUCAGCCUCUCCUCAGACCCAGUGGCUAACGUCCGUGUGCUGGUGGCUAAAGCUCUACGACAGAGCGUGAUGGAGAAAGCUUACUUCAAGGAGCCGGGCUGUGCCUACUCUGACGUGCUGGAAGAGACCGUGAUGGCCCUGCAGUCCGACAAGGACCGGGACGUCCGCUUCUUCGCCAGCCUGGACCCAAACAAAGGCUUGAUGGACACCGCUCCCUUGAUCUAGCUUCCCCUCGAAGUCCUCGUCACAACCCACCUGCCUGUCUUACCUACCUGUCUGUCUGACUGAGGCACAGUCGGCGUAACCUGCAACACCAGCACCCGACCAGAUCCCCGACCACUCGCCUGCUGGCGGAUCCGCACCAACGACCACUUGAGAAUUGCAUCAGACGUUCGGCUGGCAGAAAGUUAAGAGAGCGCGCUCAAACAACACAGCUCAGUCUCUGGUUGGGCACCACACAACGCACACUAUGCUCAAGACAAAAAAAAAAAAAAAGAAAGAAAGAAAAUGCAAACUUCUCAAGAGUUUUCAGAAAAUGAGCAGGACUCGAACGCCGGCUCCACUUUGUUGGAGCUGCCGUAUUUACGCCUGAACUCACCCCCCUCCUCCUCCUCCACACUAACAUCAGUCCUUCCCCAGUGGCAGACUCUUAAAGUAAUGACGGACUCUCCGUCUCCAAAGCUAAUUGUAAGCUUGAUAUGAAAUUUAAAUGAUUUUUUUUUUUUCUUCUUCUUCUUUUGUGGAUUUCUUAACGAACAAGCGGGCGCGUCCUGCCUGGCUCUGACGUGUGCACUAACUCAGGGGGACUCAUCUGAACCUAAACAGCAUUAUUAGCUUACGUGAUAAGCAGCAGCUCCUGGAUCCCUGGUGAAAAAAAAAAAAAAAAAAAAAAGCUCCAGAGCAACAGACCAGCCAAACCAAGUAGCUCUGCUGGGGGUCUCUCGCCUCAUUUCCUCUCGAAUGCCUGUCGUCUCAGACGUCUCUCGUCUUCUGAGGUGUCCUCCGGGUUUUUUUUGUCUGUUCCCUUCUCUCCCUUCCCUCCUCUCACCCGGUCUUCACGGGCCGCUGAAACCUGAAACCACUACUACUGCACAGAAGGAACAGCGAUUCUGCCACUCAGCGUAAUUAACACCAUAUCUGUUGACUUUUUUUUUCCUUUUUUUUUUUUUUUUUUUUAAACAGAACAACAUAAUGAACUGUUGAUUGCUUCCCCCCUCACUCAGUGUCCCGUUAACCAAAAAAUGUGACACAGCACGUCUCCCGAAUGGACGGAGACGAAUGAAAUACCUCUGUUUGGAUGUGACUGGCCAGUGAGUCACAUGUGUAGAGAGGGACGCCUGCAGUUCACACAGGCUCUGAAUGUCCUCAGGCAGUGAUUCUGUGGUGUUGACGAAAAAAACAUCAUCAACAAGGGCUCAUGGUGAACUCCACGCAGGGUGAUGCAAAACUGGGAGAGAAGAGAAACAAAGAAAGAAAGAAAGAAAGAAAGCACACUGUUGGAUUAUGCAUGUACCCCCCCUCACCCCACCCCACCCCCUUUGUGUAUAGUCUAUUCCACCUGCUCACGGUUGACCUCCUGGUAAAUGAAUUAUGACCAUGGUUGCUUUCAGUGGAUCUGACUGACCAGUUGUACAGUAGGAUGUAGGAAUCGAUACGUUAGGAGAAUGAAAGACAUCUGAUAAUUAUUUCCCUGUCUCGGUGGAAUGAUUAAAGUAUGAGGUUUCUCAAGAUGUUGCAAAUCUUUGUACAGCUCAAACCUGUGGAAAAAGGUAUGUGUUAUUGGAACCAAGGCCAGUUUAGUCGAGAUGUGUGUGAAUAUUGGGAGCAGCCACCAAGUCACUUUUUUUUUUUUCUUAAAAGUCUCUUGAGCUUGUUUGUCUCCCUCCUGUUGUAAAUGAUAACCCCUUUUAUUUUUAUUUUAUUUUUUGAACAUGAACUUAAGCUGAUUGUGGUGUGUGCUGUGCAUCUCAAGUCUUUCUUCCUUCGAAAGGAGAGCUCGCUGCGGUAAUGGCGGUGUCUACUCAUCUCGUCUGUCUUCAAUUUGUGUCCAUCUCAUUUUUUAUGUAGUAGAACAGUUAAUAUAUACAUUUUAUGAAAAUUAUUUUUCUUUUUCAAUUAUGCACCACUGUUCAAAGAUUUUAUAUCCUAACUUUACAAAAUUUACAACCUUUGUAAUAUUCAAUGGUUUCUUUUAAAAAGACCUUUUAUGUAAUGUUAUUUUUAGUAUUCUGUAAUUAAAAUGAUGAAAAUUA